GAUGUCAGAUACAGAAAAUAUCACUGACAAUGAGAUAAGUGAUGUUAACGAAGGAUUAAUAGCCUCUCACCCGGACUCGACUGAGAAGAGCCUCACCACCAUCAGUAAGACAGCUCCUAGAUUUGACGUGGCUGAUGUAAUCUGCAAGGCUCAUUGGAUGGAAAACAAAGACGAUGAAAACUGGAAGACCACUAUAUUUGACAAGCAGCCUCUGCAAGUGGACAUAACAAAGGACACUGUUGAAGAUAAACCUACCACAGUGGCAGAAGAGAAAGUGGAGGAGAUGAGUUCUCAGAGGUUUGAGGAGCUGGAGGGCUACUUCAAUCAGACUAACGUUACUUACAGGAGAAAAGAGGCCUUCGAGAAGUUCAAUUCAGGGAAGAUAGCAGUGGAGAUGGACGAUGAGAUGAAAAAACAGUUUGAGAGAUGUGUUGAAAAAGAGACUGUUAGAAGUAGACAGCGCUGCCUUAUAUUCCUAACCCUGGGUGGAGUAUUGAUAACAAUUGGACUAGGACUGGUUCUCUACACCUACACAAUACACUACCACGCCCACACCAGAAUAUCAGGGGCUACUAUUCUAAACGUGGGGUUACUGAUGGAGAUAUUCACUGUGGCUGGCUGGAAUGGUGGGGCUAUCUAAUUGUAGUGGUUACUAUGGUAACUGGUUACUAUGGUUUUCUCCACUGUAGUACAGCAAUAUCACAAUUUUGAAAGAAGACGCACUAUUUGGAAUGAUCAGUAAUCCUGAAAUAAUCGAAACUUUAAGAAUAAAGUCAUAUAUCUCGGAUUGGGGUCGCAACACGUUUUGCCCCCAAACCUAGAGCUCAUAAUGUUCAAUUUCAGAUAAGAAUUUGAGAAACUUUGUGGAAUUUUAAGGUUUUAUUCAAUAAUUUCAAUAAUUUCGGCUUUUGGAGUCGGAUUCUGAUAGCUAGACAUGUUAAGAAUUAGAAUUGAAGAUGGUUUAACAAUUACUGUUAAAGCUGUCGGAAACGAUUCUGAAACUGCCCCAACUCCUUAUAUGGGCAUAACGUGACAGGUAACUCACAGCUUACCGACAAAUCAGCUCUUUAAAAUGUUUUUACUUUAUGCUACAACUUAUUUAAAGCUAUUACACGGUUUUCAUUUUCAACUUUCUAACUUUGUUAAUUUUACCCGAUAAGGUAUUUGCUGGUGCACCGGUUUCAAGUUACUUUUAAUUCAUUAGUGUCCUCGAUCCACCGUUUGAAAUUCGAACUUUGAUGAAUUUAAAAUGAAUUAUGUUAUUAUCGGUUGAUUUCGAUUGGCAAAUGAUAAUUAUUUCUCACCGUAUAUAAUUCAAGUUUGUGAGGUAAGCUGCCGUUUUGGUGCGUUGUAGGCUUCGUUUAAACUAAUCGCACCACAUCCCGGUAACAGUAAUAGUAGUAUUCCGGUUAAAUAUCUAUCUAAUUAAUAAAAUACCACUACUACUAAAGAUGAAUAGACGGUAUAAAAACAAAUACUUACUGUCGUCUUUUCCAGAAAUUCCGUCAAAGUUUUUGUAUCGUUUGUGAAGUAAGGGUGAUCUGACUGCAGACCCGUUAGCAACUCGUAUCUGCGUCAUCAACCCGCUGUGUAUCCGGGACAAGUCCGGUUCUGGGGGUGCUGCAGAUAUGUUCAUGUUACUUGGUAACUUGUUACUAUGGUAACUUGUUACUAUGUUAACUUGUUACUAUGGUAACUUUUUACUAUGGUAACUUUUUACUAUGGUAACUUGUUACUAUGGUAACUGUGGAGACGUUGUUACUAUGAUAACGUGUUACUAUGGUAACUGUGGAGACGUUUAUAUUUUUAAAGGAUACGUGUCUAUAGAUAUUAUUAACUUGUAUAUGUUUAUUAACACUCUUGUUAGUUCGCUUUUG